GGUUACGAACUCGACUUCAUAACUCAAGGAAUAAACAAAAUUAUGAUUUAAUUCCAGUGCGCUCCGGUGUCCGAAAGCGUGAAGAAUUCUCAACGUCUUAUUUUUAGUUGUCGCGAACGUAUUGGCAGCUCUAAUUGUUUAUUCUAGUGCAUGUGUCUGGAUUAAAUUUAACUCGACUCAAACAGGUAGGAAAUAAAUCGAUCACCUGAUUUUUUUAAUUGGUCAACUACUCGAUACGAAAAUGCCGUACUAUUCCGAACUUGGCUUAAGCAUCCCCUCGAGUAGUGCGUAUUCCUCUCUCUUCCUAAGCGGGCCUUACUCAAAUCAUUCCUCUAUAAUCGCCUCCAAUUUAGCCGCCCCAAAAUCCAUACCCCGUCAAUACAGGGGCGUGUACAAACCACAUCUUUCUACCAUCACGGAACUGAACACUCCUAGAAGGGUGAGUUCCCCGAAACUGCUCUAUCAAGGUACCCCUUCAAGCGUUCGACCCAUUAAGAAAAUCAACACAGCGGAUAUAGACGUGUCAGUGAAUAGAUACAAGAAGUUUGAUAAAUAUGACCGCUCCAAACCGGAAGUUGUAGAAAAGAAAACCCCGGACAAACCUCCCAGUCCCGCGAGAAGUCCUAGGCAAUCCGUUGAAGAAAAAGACCAGAAACCUGCUAAACCAAACACCACCAUAAGAAGGGACAGACCUACAGUUCGUCUACAAACUGUCCACAGGGAUACCCUACAACAGGAGAUCGGAGAGAUUAGAAGUUGGAGAGAUAACUUCAAACCUGAAGAACUAGGUGUCGAAGCGAAAAGAAGGAAAAAGUCCCCAGGCGAAAUCCUGAAGGAAAAGUUCCUGAUCCGCAGCAGAAGCAAAGAGAACAUCCUCAAACCGGAAUCCAAGAAAAUCACCAGGAAAAAUUCAGUGAGGAAGUCCCCCAGCUUUCAAGAGAUAUGUGAAGCCAUAACCUCGGACAACCUAGAGGAAGACCUUAACCCUGGCCAACCGGAAGAAGUACAAAGAAGACAGAGCAGACAAAUUUCAAGCGAGAACAUCCUGAAACAGAUACGAAGAAACUCCACCGACUUAUCAGAGGAAGACCUGAAGAUCCUUGAUGCCAUUUUAUCAGAACAAGACGCCAUGCCGGCCACCGACAAAGUAGGAAAAGAAUCUUUCGAAUCUCGCACUAGCGUCCGCAAGAAAAAAGUGAAGAAGUCAGACGACGAAGACGAAAGAACCGAUUCGUCAAAUAGGAUUAAAAAAUCUCAUUCCAAAGAAAAAGUCACAGAAGCCGAGCCCAAGUCUCCAGUGCAGCGUCGUCCCGUUAAAAAGCGACCCAGAACACCAACAACGGAGAAUGAAAAACCCGACGAACUUAAAGAAGAUAUUUACCAAAAUGUGAUCAGAGAUAUUUCCCAAGUUGAGAUAGAACAAACCGCGUUUAAACCAAAGCCUGUGAUAUCCGGUUCCGCAGAAAUUGGACAAACGCAGACUGCUCUCAAAGCUAUUGUCGACGACGUAGAAGUACAGGAAGCAGCUAAACCUAAAAGGGAAAAGAAGUUUAGAUUCAACGUGAUAGUAGAAGUUGAAGACGAAGAAAACUAUGAUAGGUCAUCUAUCACGCCGGAAGAAAUCAAGGCAAAAUCUCAACCAAAAGUACCUAAAGUCUUCCCAGGUAAAAUUACUCUUACAGACAACCACAAAGGUAUUGUACAACAUCCUAAACCCAAAGAACGUGUUGUGUCAAGCAUUUUGAAGAAAAGGUCGCCGGUACACAAGGGAAAAGUAAUUGAAGAGAAGGUUAAAAAGGCAGUGGAGGAAUCACCGAUUUUAAGUGAUGAUAAAAUAAACAGUCCAUCACCAACAACUUCAGUAGUUAAUGAAAAUAAUUUCUUCAAUCAAAUUUUAGAGAAAAAAGAAAACGUGUCCGAUUCUGCUGUUGAUGCUCUUAGCAAGAGGAACUUCUUUAGCAGAGAAAAUUCUCAAAAAGAAGAUUCUCGACCAUCCUCACCUGGCUUCUUUAGUAACAAGAACAAGGAUUUGGACAAUUCCUCUGUACCUUCUUCACCACUUUCCAGUAAGAAGAACCUCUUUAGCAGAGAAAAUUCUAACAAACAAGAUUCUGGGCCUUCCUCGCCUGGUUUCUUCAAAGACUUGGACAAGUCCUCUGCACCCUCUUCGCCACUUGCUAGUAAGAACAAUUUUAGCAGAGAAAAUUCUAAUAAACAGGAUUCUCGUCCUUCAUCACCUGGUUUCUUCAGCAACAAGAACAAGUCCUCCGCUCCUUCUUCGCCAUUUGCUAGUAAGAAGAACCUUUUCAGCAGAGAGAACUCUGGAAAAGAAGAUUCUCGACCAUCUUCUCCUGGUAUAUUUAGUAGUAAGAGUAACGAUCUACACAAUUCAUCUGCACCUGGUUCACCUUUUGGCAGUAAGAGUAACUUGUUUAAUGGAGAUACCUGUCGACCUUCUUCACCAGGUGUACUCGCUAAGGUUAAGAGUUUGGAUAAUGUUCCUGCACCUCUUUCGCCUCUUGCCAGUAAAAGAAAUAUUUUCAGCAGAGACAAUUCUAAAAAUGACGAAACCUCGACUUCUACACCUGGUACAUCUAAAAAUAAAAGCUUGGAUAAUAUUUCCGCACCGUCUUCGCCAUUCGCUAAUAAAAUCAAUCUCUUUAACAGAAAUAGUUCUAAGACGGAGGAUGCCCCACCUUCCUCACCUAGCACCCUUCUGAAUAAAAGUAAAAAUGUGGACAGUGUUCCCACUCCUGCUUCGCCAUUGGUCAGUAAGAGUGAUAAUUAUAACCAAGAAGACACCCCACCAUCUUUCCCACUCUUUAAAGAAGAGAAGUCUAGUACCCCUCCCACUACUGUACUAAAAAAAUCCAAGGAUACAGAAAGUAAAGCGGAUAAAGAUGAGGUUCCUCAGACCAUUUCACUUAGUCAGGACAUUUCAUCACAAGAGAAGGAUAUCAGUAAAGAAAAAGACAGUAUAGUCUCUCCAAUAACUGAAAUAGUGUCAAAGGAGGUCGAAGCCAUGAUCGACAAUUUAAAAGACGCAUCGAAGAAGCUCGAUGAAGCGGAGAUUAACAAGGACGAAAACGAUAACAAUGUCCUGAUUGAAAAAGAAAGUCCAGACACCAAAGAAGAGCCCGAAGUGGUCAAAAAGCUCGUCUCGAAACGGUCAUUGGUGCAAAAGGCAAACAAAGACGAUCCAGACCUGGAGGUGUUCGUUCCCCCAGAGCCAGAACCGGAGCCGGAACCCGAACCGGUGGAGGAAAAGAAAGAUGUGUUUGUCCCCCUGCAAUCCAACCGCUUGUCCCAGUGGAUGCACCCGUGGAAAAAACCCGAGCAGUUCGACGUCUGUCCCGUCGAAAUUUUCGCACGCCCCAAGGUCAUCCGCGGUCGGCAUUACCCGCGUCCUCGCGGCCAGCCCGCUCCCGCGCCUCAGGAGAGCAGCAGCGAGGAGGAUGACGACGACGAGGAGGAGGAAGAAUCCGAAGAGGAGACCUCCAGCGAGGACGAGACGUCCGAGGAUGAGGGCGAGGAGAAUAUGGCUACCAAAGUAGGAGCAAGUACGUCCUCAAAUGAUUCGGGCUUUGGGUCGGGAGCUCCCGGCAAAAAUAAGGGAUCGCUGGAGAGCAGGGACUCGCCCACCACGAAUCACGCCAACAACCCGGCCUUCGCCCUUGACUCGGACGACAUCCCCGAGGAGUAUUCCCAGUCCAGCACUUACUCGAGCUUCCAGAAGAGCGGCAGGAUCACCCCGCCCGCCACCACGAUCCCCAGGUUCCGCAAGUACUGCCUGGACGACUUCAAUUUCCUCAAGGUGCUCGGCAAGGGAAGCUUCGGGAAGGUUUUGCUCGCGGAAUUAAAAGGCACCGAAUACUACUACGCGAUAAAAUGCCUGAAGAAGGACGUCGUCCUGGAAGACGACGACGUGGAAUGCACCCUGAUCGAGAGGAAGGUCCUAGCGCUGGGUACUAAACAUCCCUAUUUGUGUCACUUGCUCUGCACGUUCCAAACCGAGUCGCAUCUGUUCUUCGUGAUGGAGUACCUGAACGGAGGCGAUCUAAUGUUCCACAUCCAGGCGUCUGGACGGUUUCCGGAGCACCAGGCGAGGUUCUACGGGGCUGAGAUCGUCUCUGGCUUGAAAUUCCUGCACAACAAAGGAAUCGUUUACAGAGAUUUGAAACUGGAUAAUGUGCUUCUGGACUUCGAUGGUCACGUGAGAAUAGCAGACUUCGGAAUGUGCAAAUUGCAGAUAUUCUUAGAUAGGAUGGCAGAGACUUUCUGUGGCACACCUGACUACAUGGCACCUGAGAUAAUAAAAGGGCUACACUACAACCAGUGCGUGGAUUGGUGGUCGUUCGGUGUGUUAUUAUACGAAAUGCUGCUAGGUCAGUCUCCUUUCAGUGGUUGCGACGAGGAUGAACUUUUCUGGUCGAUAUGCAAUGAAAAACCAGUACUUCCCAGGUACUUGUCCACAGAAGCAACUAAUAUUUUGACACUGUUUUUAGAAAAGGACGCAAGUAAAAGACUAGGGAACAGAUUUAGUCCUCACGGAGAUAUCCAAGACCAGCCAUUCUUCAGGUCCAUAGACUGGCGUGCGCUUGAGGCUAGACAGUUGGAGUCACCAUUUAAACCGAACUUGCAACACCCCCUGGACACCCAAUACUUUGACAAGCACUUCACCGUAGAAAAGGCCAAGCUGACGCCCAUCGAAUCGACAAUAUUGCAGUCGAUGGACCAAACCCAAUUCCAAGGGUUCAGCUACACCAAUCCGAACGCGACAGAUAAAUGAUACGGUUCAACGCAGAACCGAAUCGGCUAGACUGAGACAUAGCCCCGAGCUAUUUAAACAUUGGAAGUUGAAUAAAAAAAUUCAACGAAAUAGAUGUAUUUUGAUGUUUUUUGUAAAUACUCGCGCCUAAUCCAGUUCCCGGUACUGGUCGGGAGACUUUUGGUGAAGACGACGGGAAUUUUUGUUUAAUUUUUUUAAGAAGUGGUCGAUGCAACAGCCACUGUGAGGUAAAAUACUACAGUAUAUACGAAGUAAUAAGUGUGAUAUAAUUUACUACUAGGGUUAAUCGCUAUGUUUUGUCGGGUAUAUUUUUUUAGCUUUCCGAGUUUCUGAUCCAUGUUUUUCCCAGUGCAAUGAAUAAUAACAGUAUUCGUAAAUGCUAGUCCUUUAUUACAGCCUGUUCUGAACAUACCAAUAAAAUUCGAAACAAUUCAGUAUGUUCAGCUGAUUCAGAUUUCUUUUUACGUAACAAACGGUACAGUGUUGCCCACAUUAAAUGAAUGGGUUUAUGUAUACAAGGUGGUUCGAUUUUUCUCAUUAAAUUCAGGAACAGGUAAGUUAUCACAAAAUAAUAGCAGUUAGCUGGUAUAUUCUUUCCGAAACGUGUUUACUUUUUAGGAUACGAGGUGCUAAAUUUAAAGUAAGCAGUUUCUUAAUGUAUUUUCAAUUUUCCAGUUUUAUCAGUGGCGUGGAAAAAGGAGUGCCUCAAUUAAAAAAUUGAUACGCCACUGGCAACAAUAACAAUAUUUAUAUAAAAAAUGCCUCAAUCAAAAGUUGCACCUUUUUAAUAUUAUUUUCUAUUACACAGGGAUCCAAUUCAUUUUUUAAGUGGACAGAAAAAUGACGUACAGUUUUCUUCCGUAUUAUUUCAUUUUAUGACAAUAUCUAAAAAUGUGGCAAACAUCCAAUGUACGGCCCUGGAAUGUACGGUUAACCGACGGACCGCAGUUAUUAACCUUAAAACGUUUUUAAUAAAUGCAUGUUGUUUAGAAACAGUCAGAUUUUUAAUUAAAAAAUUAAAUUUUACAUUUUGCCAGGGGCGUACCGUUAUUACUUUUCAUAAAUGCAUAUGCCACUUUAAUUUUCUACAACACUGACGUAAAAACAGUCCGCAAAUUUUCAACGAAAAUAUCAAAGAAAAAAUCAUCUCUGAAAUAGUAAUUUUUUUUACUAAAGUUGACAGAAAAAAAUAACGAUUUUAUACAAAAACAAGCAAAUGCGUAAAGUGUUCUUCCGUAUUAUUUCAUUUAUGGCAAUAUUUGAAAAUGUGGCAAACAUCCAAAGUACUGCCCUGGAAUGUACGGUUAACCGACGGACCUUAAAACGUUUUUUAAUAAAUACGUGUUGUUUACAAACAGUCAGAUUUUUAAUUAAAAAGUCAAUUUUACAUUUUACCAGAGGCGUACCAUUAUUAUUUUUCAUAAAAGCAUAUGCCACUUUAAUUUUCUACAACACUGACGCGAUCAAAAACAGUCUGCAAAUUUUCAACGAUGGGAUAUCUGGAAAAUAUUAGAGAAAAAAUCAUCUCUGAGACAGUAAAUAUUUUUUCCACUAGAACAAAAUUGACAGAAAAAAUAACGAUUUUCUACAAAAACAA